AUGUCGAAUCUUACUGGCCUUCCUACGGGAUCCUGUAUCCUUGUUACGGGAGCAAACGGUUUUAUUGCCUCUUAUGUUAUUAAUACCUUGCUACAGCUUGAAUAUCGAGUGCGGGGAACGGUUAGGACGGCAAAGCCAUGGCUUGACGCCUUCUUCGAGAAUAAAUUCGGUCGAGGCGUCUUUGAAAGCUUUGUACUUCCUGAUUUUGAAAACCCUAAGAUGCUAGAUAAUUGUAUGAAUGGUAUAGCCGGGGUAGUGCAUACGGUUGUACGAGCAGUCGAGAAUGUCCUAGAGGCUGUAUACAGAUACCCUUCUGUCAAAAGAUUCGUUAUGAUAUUAUCCUCUGCAGCUGCUUUAAUCCCUGCUAUAAACCAGAAAGGGAAUGAGGCUGCCGUAAAAGCCGUACGUAAUUCUAAUACGAAGCCUAACGAGAAAGUAAUCGUACUUCUAAGACUCUUGGCGAACAAAUGGCUUAGAAAUGGAUUGGAGGGUAUAAUCCUCGUUUUAUAUUUAAUACGGUCCUUCCGAACUUUAACAGGAGGCAGGAUAAGUAAAAUGCUAAAUUGCUUUAAUGUACUAGAAUAUUACGUUGAUGUUACUGAUACUGCCCGGCUAUACGCUAUUGCUCUGCUUGUACCUAACGUCCGAUUGCAGCGGAUAUUUGUAUUUGCAGGUCCGCUGAAUAUGACUGAUAUUAUCUCGACCCUCCGGGAACUUCGACCUGACUAUAAUUUCGAUGAUCCGAAACUAAACAAAGGCCGAGAUCUUACGGACGUCACACUAGCUGCUAAAGCAGAAAAGCUUUUGGAAGAGUUUUUUGGCCAGAAGGGGUAG